CUGGACUGUUGAACACAUGGCUGUGUCUUAAAACCCAGUGAGCUUUCUAUCUAGACAGCAUUCGGUCACCAGCAGUAUUGAGUAUAUAGGUGCAAUAGAAUAACCGGCUAUGCGCUUGUGAAACUACGUAACGCUGCUGACUCUGAACGUCCCAUGAUGCCCCAAAAGAUCUGCUAACGCCUUGAUGUCGAAACAUGCUGUCGCAGGCACCCAGGUUUUGAAACGCGACCACUGAUGGAGAAAAUGGCGGUGGAAAACAUCGGAGUAUUACAGGAAGCCCUUAUAAAAAAGGACGCAGUGUCAAAAGACAGCGGCAAGGUUAUAGAAAGCACACAAAACAAAGAUAACAAAUUGAUAUUAUACCACUGGACACAAUCUUUUAGCUCACAGAAGGUGAGACUGGCAAUAGCUGAGAAAGGCCUUAAGUGUGGGGAAUAUGACGUGAGUCUGCCUCUGAGUGAACAUAAUGAGCCGUGGUUCAUGCGUCUGAACCCCUCUGGAGAAGUUCCUGUACUCGUUCACAAUGACAGUGUCAUCUGUGAUCCCACACAAAUCAUGGACUACUUGGAGCAGAACUUCUGUGAUGAGAACACUCCAAAAUUGAUCCCGGAAGAGGGGAGCAUAUAUUACCAUAGAGUUCAGCAUUACAGGGAGUUGCUGGACUCCCUGCAGAUGGAUGCCUACACCCAUGGGUGCAUCCUCCAUCCAGAGAUCACAGUGGACUCCCACAUGCCGGCUUAUGCCACCACCCACAUACGCACGCAGAUCGGAAACACAGAAUCAGAGCUAAAGAAACUAGCAGAGGAGAAUCCUGACCUAAAAGACGCUUACAUCGCAAAACAGAGACGCCUGAAGAGUAAAUUGUUUGACCAUGAUAAUAUGAAAUAUCUGAAGAAACUCUUGGAUGAGCUAGAGAAUGUUCUGGAUCAAGUCGAGACAGAGCUUCAGAGGAGGAUUGAGGAGACACCAGAAGAGGGAAAUCAACAGGCGUGGCUCUGUGGGGAGUUCUUCAGUAUUGCUGACGUCUCUCUCGCUGUCACUCUUCACCGACUCAAGUUCCUGGGCCUGUCCCGUCGGUACUGGGGCAAUGGGAUCCGGGUCAACCUUGAGACGUAUUACGAGCGUGUCCUGAACCGGUCCACGUUCCGCAGAGUGCUCGGACAAGUCAAUAACAUCCUCAUAUCCGCCGUGCUGCCCACUGCGUUCAGGGUGGCAAAGAAAAAAGCUCCAACAUUUGUUGGUGCUACUCUAUUGAUUGGAUUGCUAGGGGGCGCCACUUACUUUGCUUUACAUUUCUUCAAAAAAAGACUUUUUGUGCCUUGAUAGAUUGAUAUUGGGACUCAAUGUUUUGUCUUGACUUGUGCAUAUUUUAAUUGGCUUAUAGGUAACGUUUGCAUAAUUGUUGGACAAAAGCACAUUUCUGUUGAAGUGAGGAACAAAACUGUUUGGAAACAAACUGAAUGCAUAUUUAUCAAAUUUUGGGUUGGAUUCAUGGCUUCACAUCACGCUGUUGGAUCUUUAAUGGCCAAUAUACUGUAUAAUAUGCAACAGUUUUGCAUAACCUAACAUUUCUCCUAUCUGUGAUAAUGUGUAAUGUUGUUUGUUCUGCACUGGUAAAAUUUAUGGAUUCAUGCUUUUCAUCUGAUAAAAGGAUAUAUAUAAUAUUUCAUGCACCAACAAACAAACAAGAGUAUGUAUUCAAAAGUUUAUUUCUUAGUUUAUGCAGGUGUCUGGUUUACAAUAUUUGUUUGACAUCAGAAGCUGCAAAUUAUAUGAAGCUUAACAGAUAUGCUUUCAUUUGGUCAACAAAUAACAUUUAGACUUUGAUUUAGAAUAUUUAAAUGUUAAAUAAAAUGCUUGCUUAUUGUUUGUUUGAAUUGUCUGAUUACAUCCAUAUGCAAUAUUAAAUGAAAAUAUUAAAUAUG